AUCUAAUCGCCUUUUUUCCCCCUUACUGCAGCAUAACUCUCAUCCGAGCCACAUGGGAGCGCCAUGGACAAGAGCAACACAGUGAAGCUCUUUGUGGGCAACCUGGCGUUGGACACCACCCAGGAAGAGCUGUCAGCCAUCUUCGAACCCUACGGCCAGGUGGUCAGCUGCAGCGUGCUGCGGCAGUUCGCCUUCGUCCACCUUCAGGGCGAGGGCGCUGCCGAGCGCGCCAUCCGGGAGCUCAAUGGACGGGAGUUUCGCGGACGUAACUUGGUGGUGGAGGAGUCGAGAGGGAGGCCGUUGCACUCCACCAAGGUGUUUGUGGGUAACCUGAGUGGGAUGUGCACCACUGAAGACCUACAGCAGCUGUUCCAGACAUUUGGGAAAGUUCUCGAGUGUGACAAAGUCAAAGCCAGGCAUUCCUCUUCCGCAGGCUAUGCCUUUGUCCACAUGGAGAACAAGGAAGAUGCUCUCCAGGCCAUCGAGGCCCUCCAUGGCACCUCGUUUAAGGGUCGCCCCCUGUCUGUAGAGCUGUCCAAGGUCCAACCCAGCAAGCAGGCGCCUACGGGAAAAAUCCCCUGCGUUAACUGUGGAAAGCAGGGCCACUAUGCUGGAGAAUGCCCCGUUGGGAAGCCUUCUCUUGAGCAGUACCAGAGUCAGGCAGCGGUACUAGCCGCCGCCGCCGCUGCAGCCGCCGGCUUGCCACUGCAAGUCCAACAAAGUGUGCACAAUUCAGUCUACAACACCUCCACCUUUGAUCCCACAUAUGCAGCUCUCACUGGGAUCACCACAGGCACACGUACUGAUGGAAACCCAGUGAAUCCGGCUGUUUACGGUGCCCUUGCCAGCCAGGUGUACGGUGCCAAUGUUGCCAAUCAGCUUUAUGGAACGGUGGCCAAUCAGGCAGCUCUUACAUCAGGCGCCACUCAAAUGUACAGCUCGAUGACCCCCAACAUCUACGGACAGAUGGCUGCGACCCCGGCGGCUGCUGCUGCGGCUGCUGCCGCCGCUGCCUACUCAACUCCGGUUUAUACCCCAACCGUGGCCAAUCCCCCUCUCUAUCUGGCUGCUGGUCCUGGAAUAGAAAUGCCAACAGCAGCGGCUGCGGUCAACCCUGCCUACACUGUAUCUCCAGCGAUUUAUGGUGCCACCACACCAGCCUACGCUCACAUAAGCGCCAUGGGAGCAGCGGACCCUACUACAGCCAUCUUUGAGGCAGCCAGACAGGCGCAUUAUUUCGCCCAGGGCCAGCAGGUCGUGGCCGAGCAGCAAUCAGUGGCUGCCGCAGCAGCAGCGGCGGCCGCUGUGGCAAAGUCUGGUGAGAGGGACCGUAGUCCCCUACGGAGGUCGGUACCUCUGCUACCAGACCCUGUGAUGAAGCCGUUCAUGUACCAGAGAGCCAAGCCACGACGCCCCCUGCUCCCUACACCGGCUGGCCGAGCGGCAGAAGAGGCAGUGGAGGCUGCAGAGGAUCCCAUGGCCAGGUACUAUGCGGAGUACUACCAGCAGCUGCAGCAGUACCCCCAGUUCCAGUAUGCCUACCCACCACCGAACACAAUGACAGCCAUCCCUGGUAUGCCGGGAGUGUCAGUCCCUGCGAUGUCCGCCCAGCAAGUCACCACGCUGGACGCUCUCAGGCCAGUGGUCCCCACAGCUGCGGCAAUGGCAGCCGCCAUGGCUGCGCCAAGGGUGUAUGAGCCGCCGUUGCCGCCGCCCACGCGCAAGGAGGCCAUCCUCCGCCGCCCCGAACUCUCCCUUCACACGCCUGAGCCCCCCUUCCGAUAGUCGCACACAACUCUCUGCCACCCCACCCCUUCCCUCUUUGCCCUGAACCCACCCCCACCCCAUCCCCACAUCUCCUCUUCCAACCCCAAACUUGACCACCUUACAGCAGCUGUAUGUGUGUGUGUGUGUGUGAGUUUGUUUGCGUCUGGCGGCUCUAAGUGUGUAUGUGGGGUGGGGUUUGGUUUAUUAACCUGCUUUACGAGGGACUUGAUCUUGCUAACCUUGGUCCUGUUUGCAUGCACACAGUGCAGCCACGAAAGGGAGGCUCUCAUCUGUUGUACGGGCAUUCUUUGUGCUUCUCAGUUUUACUUUUUUAUCGUGCCAGUCUCACACUUGUGCCAGUAUUGGACUGAUCCGAUCAGUCGUUUCAUAUGCCUUUAUUUCCGCAACCCAGUUAUGAUUUUCUAAGGCCAAAUUUACAAUAAAAGACAUCAGCCAUCCUCCUUAGGCCUAGAUGAUCAGUUAGGGCAGCUAAUUUGAAAAACCUUUUUUGCCUUAUUUUGAAGAGUUUGAAUUUAUAAUCAGAUGGGAAGUCAGAUAAACACAUAUUGUGUACUGGCUGCGUUGCAUUGUGUCCAACAGAACCAAGGUUGACUUAUUUUGGGGUGGGUGUUUGUCUCGAAUGUAACGUGGAUGUGUGUGAUCGAUAACGUGCGGGCUCCUGACCUUGCAGCGCACAAACGCAGCAGCUAAGACUGCGCCUUGCAGAAAAAAAAAAAAAAAAAAAAAGUAAAGCACACAUAAUACGUACUGUAAUGUAUGUUUGGAUCUCUCCAUGAACCCUUCAACCCCCACCCCUCCACCUCACCUGUACUCUAACUACAACACUAGAAGACACUGCUUCAACUCUCUUUCUCUUUCUAACAACAGCUGCCUACCUCUAACCGUAAAGUUUCAGUGUAGAGUCUACUCUCUUCCACACCUUUCAUCCAGUCAGCAGUUCAUUUCCUGCUCCUCGUAAAAAGAAAAAUACAAGGUCAGCAGGUUAAGGAGGAGCUGUAUUUUGGUGAUGAUGACUUUUGUAGAUAUUCUGUAUUAUUAUACAAGUCCUCCUACAUGUUCAGAGGCCUUUUUUUAAAGAAUAUAGUUUGUUUUGUUUGUUUUACUGUAGUUUACAUGUAGUACAAGUCAACCUGGGGUGUAAUGAAUUGUAAAUGGACAGAAAAAAAACCCACGUGUGACUACUGAAUGAGCUGUUUACAAAGGUUUACUGCAUCCUUAUGAGGAAUCAUGGUAUGUGACAAGCUCAAUUAUGUGCCUAUAAGCUUUGAGUGAAGUGCAUUAAGUGGAGGGAUCUCCCAUUUUAAGUGCUUUUGCCUUUUUUAGUCAUUUCAACUAGGGGGUGGGGUUGGGGGGGCGCGAGCGUAACCUCUUAGCUUUCUCGCGGGCUUGCACUCCUGCGUUUUAAUUAGUUUCAUAUCACACGGUUUUCAAAAAGCCACAAACUUGAGCCUUGCAGGUUCACGAUUAGCCGCUGGUUUAAAGCAGGAACAACAGUGAUAGCAACAAUGAAACGAGAGAUGGGGCAGUGUCUUCCAGUUGCCCCCAACUAUCCUUACUUUUUUUUUUUUUUCCAAAUAUAAGACCUGCUUCAGAUUGUGAUUGCAAAGAGAUUUUUAGUGUUUGUUUUUAAUCUGGUGGUCGGAUCUGGAUGAUGAGGGGUUCGCUCCAUCAGGAUGAUAGACUUGCGAGUACAGGUACUUUUUGUGACGGUUGCGAGCUUGGUCCUGGGUGGCGAAUCCUUUUCAUUCGGAUCUGCAAUCACUUAAAAACAAUCACUCAAGAGUUUUGUUUUGUUUUUUGCAACUGAAAUUUGACAGCGGUCUGAUGCACAUACAGACAUACCCUCUGAAAUCACCUUACUGCCUCGCUGUUUCCCCCCUCCUCCCCUCUCCCCCGUGUGGUUUUUAGUGGUUAAGUGACUUUUGCAUCUCACAGUGUAAUCUUUCUGUGUUGUAUAUACAAACACAUACCAGUUGCA